AUGCAGAUCAAUAAAUUAUCUUUAUUACCAUUCCUUAUUUCUUCCGCCUUUGCGGUUCCUGCAGUUGUCACUAUCACACAACACGUUCAUAAGGAAACUACAGUAGUAGUUAGAGGUGCUCUCUAUGUCACCAACGAUCAAACACUAACAACAUACUAUACUGAAGCUGAUAACACUCCAACAACACCAACACAAAUACCAUCAGAAACAACUGCGGCAUCACAAACUACUACAGUUAAUGCUGCAGUAGCUGAAGGUACCACUGUUCUUCAGCCAAUUUCCACAACAUCUACAUAUAAAUCUGUUAUUGCUACUCCAUCUACAACUACUACUGAUGAUAUUGUUACUGAUGUCUUUAUUGAACAAGAAGGUGAUAAUGCUGCCAAUACUGCUAUUGUUACCACCGCUGCUGCUGCCAGUGCUACUAUUACUACUACUACGCCCACAUCUAUUACUACAACAUCUGACUCUACUGUAUCCAGUACCGAUUCUUUAUCUGAUAAUGCUUCCAAACUUUUAUCUGCUCAUAAUAAUAAAAGAGCCUUACAUAAAGAUACCCCAUCUUUAACAUGGUCCACGGAAUUGGAAACAUAUGCUCAGAAUUAUGCUGACCAGUACGAUUGUUCUGGGACAUUAGUUCAUUCUGGUGGUCCAUACGGAGAAAACUUAGCACUUGGUUACGGUAUUGAAGGUGCCGUUGAUGCAUGGUACAGUGAAAUUAAAUAUUAUAAUUAUAAUAAUCCUGGAUUCUCUGAAGACACAGGGCAUUUCACUCAACUAGUCUGGAAAUCUUCUACUGAGGUUGGUUGUGGUGUUAAAUCCUGUGGAGGUAUAUGGGGUGAUUAUGUUGUUUGUUCUUAUAAUCCUGCCGGUAAUGUUAUCGGCGAAUUCCCAGAAAACGUCAUGCCAUUAGCUUAA